AUGGCGAAAGCGCGAGCAUCACCGCCGUGUUUGCCGCUCUUCAGCACUCCCUCAUCAGCAUCCUCCUCUUCCUCCUCUCUAUCUAACCAGGAAAAGGCUAGCCUUUUAGACAGUAAGAGUGAGAGUGACAAUCAGACUCAAAAGGAGAAGCCGCGCGUGAUCGUCCAUUAUCCCUGCAGCAGCAAUGCCGCGAAUUGGCCCACAAACGGUCAAACAGAAUCCUCUGUCAGCGAUCCGUCCGGCACGGUCGCCACAGCAGCGGAACUUCCGCUGAAGAUCGAUGGCUCCGUUAACUUUUCCGUCCAGGGUCGGGGUGAGCGGACUGAUUUCGUCAAGAUCGAUACUUUUCCGUCGGUUCCGUCAGUGACGCCGUUUUCCCUUAGCGGGGACGCCUCCGCAUCGUGGCCCGCGGGGAAUAGGGCGAUAAUGCGAGCGCGAUCUGUGGGGAAUUGGGGGGAAGCGGCGGCUUGCGCGGGCGCGGAAGGGGACGGGCGGACGGCUGUGGUGCUGCUGGGGUGGCUCGGCGCGCAGCAGCGGCACAUGCGGCAGUAUGCCACGUGGUACAACGCGAGGGGUAUCGAUGCGAUCGGGUUCGUCAUUCCGUUCACCGACAUAUUCAGCGUCAGGCUUGGCGAAAAGGCGGAGCUGCAUGUCGACGAUCUGGUCACGGAGCUUGAGAGAUGGCUCCUCGAGGGCGCGAAUCGCGGAGGGACGCACGGCGCGAUUCACGGCGGGCUGGGCGGCGGCGGGCGCCGCACGCUGCUGUUCCACACGUUUAGCAACACGGGAUGGAUCGCAUACGGCGCGGCGCUGCUGCGAUUGCAGCGGAAGUACGGGAAAGAGGCAGUGGAUGGGAUUAUAAAGGGGUGUGUCGUGGACUCCGCGCCUAUACUGGAAGAAGAUCCCAAGGUGUGGGCGAGCGGAUUCUCAGCGGCCAUUCUACAGAAGCGCAGUGCAGCAACGCGCAUGGGCUCCCUUGUCAUUGACUCGGUCGUCGGCUGCUCCCAGCUCAAAUCCGCCCUGCUCCAAGCCAGCACCCUCCCCGCUGCUUCCUGCUCUUCUGCUUCUGCUGCUGCUGCUGCUGCUGCUGGUGGUGGCGGUGGCGGUGGUGGUAUUCCUACUGCUGCUGGUGUUGCUGCUGUGGAUGCUGCCUCGGUGGUAUCUGCUGCGGGUGCUCUCACUGCACCAGCAUUCUCCAGUGUGACUGUAACCCGGAGUGACUGCAGCAGCAGCUGUGAGAGCCUGUACCCGGGGCAGGGGCGGGGCUCGUGGCAAGGGGAAGGGCAAGGGCAGGGGGAAGGGCAAGGGCAGGGGGAAGGGCAAGGGCAGGGGGAAGAGAAAGGGGGUCUGGAUGGUGGGGAGGGGUUGUUUCCUUCGCCUGCUCCCUGCGGGUGUGAGCUGGUUUGGUGGCGGGCUGACGAGGCUGAGAGAUUGAAGACGUGUGGGAGCAAGGCAAGGGGGAGUAAGGCGUCUGCAGGUGCUGCUGCGGCUGCUGCGGCGGCAGUGGCAGGCGGCCCGGGGGAUAGAGGCAUGCGAGAAGUGAUUGAUUGUGGUGCUGGUCCUGGUAAUGGUUGUAGUAACGGGUGUGCUUCAAGAGGGGUGUCUCAGCAGGAUCAGCAGCAGUGGUUGCUACAGCAACAGCUGAUAGCUGUGUACAGAAUGCAAGCAGAGAAGCAGGAGAGAAAGCUGGUACUGGGAAAAGAGCUGAGAAAAGAGCAGGAGCAGGGGAGCGGCCUUCACUUGCAGCAACAGCAGCAGCCACGGCAGCAGCGGUGGUGGCAACAAGGAGGGGGGAGAGGCAGGGCGAGUGGGGCCGCGAGCAGCAUGGUGCAGGCGUGUGGGCGGGCGGUGGGGGCGUGUGGGCGCGUGGCAGUGGCGGUGGUGAGGGUGGUGAAGGUGCGGCUGGAUGCGCUAGAGAGUGUGCUGGUGACGGCGCUCUGGCUCAUCUUCCAAGUGGCUCUGCGCAUCCCCUACGUCAAAGGGAAGCUUGUGAACUUAUUCUCAGGUCUACAGCGAGUGUCGGCAUCCCUACCAGAAGCCGAGAUUGUCAAUGGACCCCCUGUAGUGCACAUGCCUGUGCGGAAACCAGAGAGCUUGUCAGUUGGAUUCGCAGUUCCAGAGGAGGAGAAGCAGGGUGCUGCCAUGUGGCAGGUAAGGUGA